GUAAUUAUAGAAUAGCUAUAACCAAGUCCCCAAAAAGUUUAGAAGAAGAGAUCGUCAGAGAGAAAGCAAAACGAAUCUUGCAAAAUAGAUAUGGGUUUAGUGAAGAUCAAGUAAAUGCUUUAUUCACAAUCCUGAAAAACAAAAGUAGACACAGUGUAAUUACCUCAGAUAAAAACAUAAAUAUUGUAAUCGCCAAUCAACUCUCUAAAGGAAUGGAGGAAGAAACAAUUGGGGAUAUGGCACACCGGAUUUUACAGGAUAAACUUAGCAUUAGAGAUGUAAGAGCUGAAGCUUAUGCCUUAGCCCUAUCAGCAAAAAAUGCUAAUGCUGGCUUAUCAUGUCUCACUCGUCUUCAUAGAGAAUUAAGGAACCUUAAUGCAUCACUUGAGAUAAUUGAGGUUACAAAAUUUCCAGAUAUUACAGAAAAUGCCAACAAAAUCCAGAGUGCUCUUGCUGAUGUUAUGAUAAUGCUUUGUAUUCGUCCUGCUGAACUUAAAACUUUACAUAUUACAGAUGCUGGAGUACCCGUGCUAUAUCAUCUAGAUGAAUGGGUGAUCCAGGCAGUCACUUCGUGGCUAGAUGAUUCAGACCCAGAUGAGGACUCAGAUGCU